CCCCGCUCUCGCUCUCGCCUCCUCUUCCAGUCGGGGCGCCCAGACUUCUCCAAGCGCAGCGCCACCCGGCUGCCCAGCGCGCCCCGCUCCUGGCUCCUUCUCGCGGCAGCCUGGGGGCACCGGCGCGGGCUAAGGACGCUUGAGGGGCCCUCGCCCCAUGAGCCCAGCGUGCCCCAGAGCCGGAUGUUGAGAGAAGCUGUGCUUUGAUAAAGCUCAGGAGAGCACCGAGCGUUUUCGGAGUGAGACUUCGGGAACCAGCGGGACGCCCCAGGUCACCCAGUGCAACGCGGCUGUACGCACGGUCCACAAGGAACCCUCAGAAGAAAUGAUGUGGUGCUUCCUUUUACCCAUACAAAAUGGAACAUAAGAAACUACAUAGCUGAAGAAACUACAGUCUUCUUAUAAAUGAGAGGCAUUGAAGUCUAAGUAAUUUCCAGCUGAAGGAAAAUAACCAACAGCUUCUCCACAGUGUAGAUUGAAACAGGGAAAACAUGAAUAUCACUAACUGUACCGCAGAAGCCAGUGUGGCUGCGAGACCCAAGACCAUCACUGAAAAGAUGUUCAUCUCCAUGACUCUGGUGAUCAUCACCACCCUGACCAUGUUACUGAACUUGGCAGUGAUCAUGGCCAUCUGUACCACCAAGAAGCUCCACCAGCCUGCCAACUACCUGAUCUGUUCCCUGGCUGUGACGGAUCUCCUGGUGGCAGUUCUCGUCAUGCCACUGAGCAUCAUGUACAUUGUCAUGGACAGCUGGAAGUUAGGGUACUUCAUCUGUGAGGUGUGGCUAAGUGUGGACAUGACCUGCUGCACCUGCUCCAUCCUCCAUCUCUGUGUGAUUGCCCUAGACAGGUACUGGGCCAUCACCAAUGCUAUUGAAUAUGCCAGGAAGAGGACCGCCAAGAGGGCUGUGCUGAUGAUCCUCACCGUCUGGACUAUCUCCAUCUUCAUCUCCAUGCCCCCCCUGUUCUGGAGAAGCCACCGCCAACUCAGCCCACCUCCUAGUGAGUGCACCAUCCAGCAUGACCAUGUCAUCUACACCAUUUACUCCACGCUUGGAGCAUUUUAUAUCCCCUUGACUUUGAUACUUAUUCUGUAUUACCGGAUCUACCACGCAGCCAAGAGCCUUUACCAGAAAAGAGGAUCAAGCCGGCACUUAAGCAACAGAAGCACAGAUAGCCAAAAUUCUUUCGCAAGUUGUAAACUUACACAGACUUUCUGUGUGUCUGAUUUCUCCACCUCAGACCCUACCACCGAGUUUGAAAAGAUCCACAACUCUAUCAGGAUCCCUUCCUUCGAUAAUGAUCUAGAUCACCCAGGAGAACGUCAACAGAUCUCUAGUACCAGGGAACGCAAGGCAGCACGCAUCCUAGGACUGAUUUUGGGGGCAUUCAUUUUGUCGUGGCUUCCAUUUUUCAUCAAAGAGUUGAUCGUGGGUCUGAGUAUCUACACAGUGUCCUCUGAAGUGGCUGAUUUUUUAACGUGGCUUGGUUAUGUUAAUUCUCUGAUCAACCCUCUGCUCUACACAAGUUUUAAUGAAGACUUUAAACUGGCUUUUAAAAAGCUAAUUAAGUGCCGAGAACAUGCGUAGAUUGCGUAAAGCCAAAAGGCAUUGUUUUUACCAGCCUUGUUUGUGGACAGAGGAAAGGGGUUCAGCUUAGUAAUUCUUGAACAUAGUUGGUUCAGAAAAGUUU